AAACAAAAAGUUACUUGCUGUUACCUACUGUACAAUGCAAUCAUCACUAAUACGACACGAAUGUCUAAACUCUAUAAAAAUACUAUAAUAUUAUACGUGCACGAAUUAAUACAUGUUCGAACUUCGAUUAGAAUAAUGUUACGAUCGUUAUAAUUAUAGUUGUUUUUGCGUGGAAAAAAUUUUAAAAUGAGUUCUACGUGGAUAGACGUGGAUAUCAACCCACCAAUCAAUCUGCAAACGUUUAACUGCUGUAUGAUGUUGUCUGAUGUCCACGGUGACAAUGAUAAUAAAUUCGUAGUCAUAGAUUUCGGUUCGGGAACGUCCAGUCCACAAUUAAAAAUUUACAAAGGAUUGAAACGAACGCACAUAAUAUACUUGAACGAAAAACCAUCAGCUGUUACAACCGUGUACACGGACAACAGUGAACAACACAUCCCGUGUAUAGCUGUAGUGAUAAAAAACGAGAUAUACUUUUAUCGAAAUUGUAAGCCCUAUCAUAAAUAUUCAAUUCAAUCGACAAUAAUAAAAGAUGCCGAAGAAUGUAAAUUGUGGCAAGAGAGUGAAGAUGCGUUCGAUUUGCUAAAACGUUUGCAAGUGUUUUCGUCAAAAAUAGGAUUCGUGAAUCUUUCGACGACGUCACAGCAAAUGUUAUGCUUAAACGAGUGUCAUCUCGUCGAAUAUUUCGAGAAGUAUAGAAAAAAUAAUCUAGUAAAACAACACACCAUAACAUGUGUUACGGAGUUGAAAAGGAAUAAGAGCGAUGUACAGGGGGUCAGUUGUCUGGUAAUAGCAACCACUGACAUGAUCAGCAUACUUGAUACUGAAUCGUUUAAAAUUUUACCGGACAAAUAUGAGUUACAGGGUGAAACUGCUUACAUGUCUGCUAUUGGACUGUACGACGUCGACUAUAAGAUUCUCGUAGCCACAAGAACGGGUAGGAUGUACAUUUUUUCGAAAUCGUCGACGAGCGGCUUUAAGGUCGAGACGACACACGCGAUCGUGGCCGUAAUACUUCGUAUCGACAAGUUCAUCUGCUGCACUGUAGACGGACUGUUACAGUGUUAUACGCUAAAGUGUGUGUCUUUGUGGAACAUUAAGUUACCCGGAGAUCCUAUGACAAUGGUGAACAUGUAUGUGCAAAGUAUGUCACUCGAAAUGACAGUUGUGUCGUGCAACGUGACGAACACUGAUGGACACUCGAGAGGAUUGAUCCUCAUGUAUUGUGGUUCGACGGUGAUCCACAAGAUUUCCAUGCCGGAUCCAGUGACGUGCAUCGUGUUUGGAAGAUUUGGACAAGAGGAAAAUGCUCUGAUCAUGAUUACUACUAAUGGAAAAGUGGACAUAAAACUCUUGAAACGAACAGCGACGUUCGACUUGUGUGUUCGCCCAACGUUGACAGCGCACGUCCAAGGUAACUUGAGCAUACCCAAAAGAAGUAAUGUGUUCAUAGAACAGACUUUGCGUGAGAGAGAACACUGCAAGGAAAUGCACGUACGAACUCAACAAACGUGGCAAAUACUACAAAUGAUAGUGUCAAACAAACGGUUAAAUUCGAUCAAACAAAAAAUUACAAAUCAAUUCAUACACACGUCUGCUCAACUUUUAGGUCUGGGUCCGCGUUUCAAAAUACGUUUUUUAUUGAAAAAUUUGGGUAAAGAACCUUUGAUGGGCAUUAACGUGGCAUUUUUGUACAAUGCCCAUUAUCAUAGUAUAGAAUCACCACGCUGCAGGAUGCCGAUAAUUGUUCCGGAUAUGGAAAUCUAUUGCGAGACGUUCGUUACUUGUUGUACAUACGGCGGUGCUGAUGAACGAGCAAUAGACAUCGUAGUUAACCAAAGAACGAACGUAAUAUAUAGAGCAAAAGUCAACAUGCCAGUUUACAAUAUUCAAACCAAUAAUCAUAAUGAGGAGUUAAACGAUAUUAUGUCAUAGUAAGUAACAUUCAAAUAAUUUUUGUUGAAAAUUAACAAAAUUACACAAUAUUCUUAAACUAAUUUUUCUAGUACAAAAACUCU